AUGGCUGUCAUAACCUCGGCGCUGCGCCCACAACUUAUGGGGGCGUCGCAACACAUCACCAGAGUUCACAUCCUGGUAGUAUUUUCUCUAAUCUUCACAUGGUUCAUCGCCGGCAUACUGCCACAUUACACUCCCAAUAUACAGUCACAACUCGCCAAUGCGAGGCAAAAGAUUCCCCAGCUCAAGGUCGACUGGAAAGUCGAGCAGGAUCCCCGCGCAAAAUGGAGCAGCCAAAAGGUUGCCCUGCUCAUCGAGCCCCGGCCGCUUCCCCACCUCAUUGCCGGCAAGCUGGACCUCAUGGUUCUCCCCGCCCCCUGGAGCAUUGCAAGCAAGGAACACGUCUACCGCACCCUGACGGACCCUCGCUUCUACGACGAGUUCUUGCCAGGAAUCGAGUGGAUCUUGAAGUACGAAGCCGACAGCAUCAUGUGCGCCAACUCGGGCGAGAGCUUGAACGAAUGGCUUGACUGGAGCUGGGCCGGUGCGCCAAGGAGCCCCGACGACCGGUUCUCAGGCAAUGGAGGCCUCUCGCUCCGUCGCGUCAGUGCCAUCCAACAGGUACUAGGCUUUCAACAACGGUUCAACGAUAGCGGCCCAGAGGAUGAAUGGUUCGGCAAGCGACUCUGGGUUCUUCCCAACCACAAGGUUGCUUCGGGGUCUGACGGUCGCCUUGCUGUAGAGGACGUCUACUUUGAGAAUGCCAUGGGCUACCACGUUCGCGAGGGUAAAGAUACAAGGGAUGAGGUUUGGAAGAGCUACGACCAACGCAAGAAGAUCUUUGAAUAUUGCCCUGAACUGAGCAUGAUCAUGGACAUGAAGCUCGAGCGAGAGCGCUGCGACUGGGAUACUAAGCAGACUCCACCCGAGGGCAAAUCCGUUGACGAAUGGCAAGCGGAAAUGAGGAAGAAGAUGGAAGAGGAAGAAAAGAGAGCGGCCGACGCAAAGGUCGACGAGGAGAAGAAGAAGAAUGCCGCAUUGGCGGAAAAGGCGCAGCAUGACGCGGAAGCAAAGAACAAGCUCGAUGGGGGCGCGGAAAGCAGCGAGGAAGACCUCAAGAAGCUCGAGGAGGAGAAGAAGAAGCUCCAAGAGGCACUGCGGAAAAUGAAGAAUGGCGGAGACGACGGCGCCGAAAAGCCCAAGGAAACUCCGGCCGACGACCAAUCCGCCAAAGAUGAACCACCCCAGCCGAAGCCUGUCGCGGAAGCGCCUGCCAAAGAGAAGCCUGCCGAGGCCCCGGCCAGCUAA